AUGGUCAAUUAUGGGAAUUUAGAUGUGACAACAAUGGGGAAGUUUAAUGGAAUACAAGGAAUUCAGGGGAUACGAGGUGGUAUUAACCAACCGGCUGUAACUUCAAGGAAUUUUAGUAUAAGUAGUAUUAGUGGAGCUAGUAGUAAUAGUGUAGGAUCGAUUCAAGAUACUCAAAGUAGUAAAGAAAGUCUCUUAAGUCAUAAGCUUGAUACUGUGUUAGGAGAUUCCGAUGGUAAUAAUAGUCCCUUAGAGAUGACUACUUCAGUUAAUUAUGAAUUAGGGGUCGGGGUUAACGAUUAUUCAACAAAUCAAAUCAAUCCUAUGACAUACAAUAAUUUUAAUAAUUAUGGUUUAUUUGUAGAUGAUGGAAAUUAUCAUAAUCAAAUACCUAAAGAAUUACCCCCUAAAAGGAGAGGUUUAGCAAAUGCAAUUAAUGGUAGAGAAGUUAGUGAUAAAAUUCUUCAUGUUGGGAAUUUAGAUAAAACCAUUCAAGAAUUUGAAUUGAUUUCUAUAUUUCAAAAAUAUGGUUCCAUUAAAUAUUCAAAAGUUCUCCAAGAUAAAAACAAUAGUUUCUUUAAUUAUGCAUUUGUUGAAUUCAUUAAACCUGAAGAAGCUUUAAAAGCUUUAAAUGCUUUAAAUGGUUUAAAGAUUGGUAAUUCUUCAAUAAAAGUAAAUUUUGCCUAUAGAUCAACAAAUGCCAAUCUGGUUCAAUCAACCCAACCAGUUUUCAACAUUUUUGUUGGUGAUUUGAGUCCUGAAAUAAACGAUGAAAUUUUAUUCAAAAAUUUUGAAGAAUUCAAUCCAAGAGAAGCUCAUGUCAUGUGGGACAUGAAAACUUUAAGAUCAAGAGGUUAUGGAUUCGUAACAUUUUUAAAUGAUUUUGAUGCCAAACUUGCUUUAACUCAAAUGAAUGGUAAAAAGAUCAAUGGUAGAAUAAUAAGAUGUAAUUGGGCUUCCCAUAAACAAAAACAAUCAUUAACUCCUCCACCUCCACCCAAUGUAAUACCUUGUAAUCAAAUCAAAUCAGAACCAGUAUCAAAUUUUGAAAUCAUCUACAAGCAAACUCCAACUUGGCAGACCACUGUAUAUAUUGGUAACUUGGCUAAUUUUACUACAGAUAAAGAAUUAAUCCCUAUAGUUAAUCAAUUUGGAUUCAUUUUAGAAUUAAAGAUCUUCAAUGAAAAAAAUUGUGCUUUCGUCAAAUAUGAUAGCCAUGAAUCUGCCACUUUCGCUAUUGUCAAUUUAUCAGGAUAUUUAAUGAACAAUAGACCAAUCAAAUGUGGUUGGGGUAAGGAUAAACCUGUUUUUUACAAAUAUAAUGCAUAG